UAAUGUUUCCAAAUUUAAAAGUAAAAAAUUAUCAGUUUUUAAAUUAAUCAGUCAAUUCUAAAUUUACAUUUUUGAUGGACGACACAGAGAAAUUAGCAGGAGACAUGGAAAAUGCAAAUUCUAAAGAUAAUGGUAACGACAACGAAAUAAAAGAAAUGGUUUCCAAAAGUAGCCAAACGGACGAUGUAUCAAUCAUUGAUAUAUUGAGUGAAGAAGUACUGAAAGAUCCCGAUUUGCAAAAGGCCCUUAAAAUGUGUAUAAACUAUUUAAAAGUUGAAUCAAAAAUUGUAUCUGAAAAUGUUGUUCAAAAUGAGGAAAUACCAAUGACCGCAUCUCAAACCGAACUAAUGGAAAAUAAUUGGAGCUUCGCAUCAUGUUCCAAUGGGUCGCAGAACUUGAGUCAAAUAAAGCUUGAACAAGAUUUUAUUGAUCGUUCUGUAGAUCAAUUUUUAAAAAAGCUUGAAGUGCAAUCAAAUAUAUUUGAAAUACCAGAAAUACUUUUAACUUACACUAAUAAAGCGGAACCAAAUAGUGUUGAUCAAGAUAAAAUAUUUACAAUCUACACUUCAAAUGAUAAUAAUUUAAUUGGAGAGGUACUAAAGAGAGUAUUAAAAUCUAUAAACAAAGAGCUCGCUUCCAAUGAACAAAUUGAUGAAUCCAGUAAUAGUAAAGACAUCUCCAGUGAAGAUGAAAAGUUGGAAUGUGAGUGUGAGAGUGCAGAGGAGUUAUUCUGUUCAGAAUUUUUCAAUAAUGAAGCUUCAAAAUAAUAUGUAGUUCAUAAUGGCCAGCCAAUUCAAAAGCAGUAUUCAGUCAAGGAUGUAGUUUAGUCCAUAGUUUAAAAUUCCAGAACAUCCAUUAUUGAACCGAGAAAGGUGAGGAUAAAAUGGAUAGGACCUGAAUACUGUACUAAGAAAAUUCCUGUAUUAAAUAUGUAUCAGAUACUGGAUACUGCAAUUCAACAAUUUAAUAUAGUAAACCUAAAAAAACAUUGGUUGGCAGUACUUUUGAACGUCUAAGGUUGAUAAAAAUUGAAAUUUAACUGGGGUUGAGUAAACUCCAAAUUAUAAUUAAGUACAAUAUAUAAAUGCAUAGCGAUUUCAACAUGAUGUGUGCUUGGCCUAAUGUAUAGCAAAACGUAAAAAAAGUUAAAAAAAAUAUCAGUUUUGGUAUAAUACCAUUCUGAAACCUAUUUGAAGUUGAAUGGAACGACUUGUUAUGAGCCUUUGUGUGAAUUAUUUCUUGGCGUAAGGUUUUAAAGGAGAAACGUCUAAAAACCUUGCUUUGAGAGACAUGAAUAUAUGUCGGAAUGAGUCGCUGGGAAUGCAAGAAAUAAACUUUCAUGUGUGGGAUUAAAAUAUGCGAUUGAUGUCUAUUGUUCGGUGUGUUGUAGAAGAACCUGCAUUUAAAAACGUUAUAUAUGUUCUGAACGUUUUUUACAAGUAUAUUUGGCAAUAAAAUUAACUAAUUACUUUGGAAAUAUAACUUAA